CAAACAGUGGCCUGUUUUGGAAUUUCAAACCACUUUUGGGCCGAGUCACUCGUGUCCGUGUUUUCUAACUCUUAAUUGAGCCAAGGAGGAACAUACUUGAGAUUAAAGAAUAUAUCAUGGCACACCUCCAAACAAAAAUGUCACAAAAAGUACAUUUCCAGUGAAAUAACCAUGAUCUCGACUCACUUUACGCAUCCAUUUUCUUAAGCAAAGCUCCUAUCCUGUCUCAAAAUGUUUGAAUUUGUUUGUUUCCUAUACCCGAGCAACGUAUCAUAUUUAUUUUGCUACCUUGUACCACAGUCAAGAGGCUGUGUGAUCACAUUACAGGGAAUAAGACACUAAUGCUGCAUCUCACUUGUGGCUUCCACAUUAGCAGUAUCAUUAACUGGCAAGCAGUAUUUCACAAUCAUCAUUUCAUCCAGGGAACAAAUAGGAAAACUCCUCCAACUGCCUGCCACUUUUACGUCAAAUGCCUGAUUUUAAGGGUCUUGAUGUGGAAAGGGUGAUCACCCAGCCAGUAUAAUGGCCACCACGGGCUAUGUCGGCGAGAUCCAGCCAACAGCCCCGCCACAAGGGACCGUUGUCACAUCUGGACCUCCCGAUGCCAACUCCGCCUCGGCAACCGCGCCCCAGUUCCUGGCUGAGAUUCAGACCACUGUGGUCACCCCCACCGUUGUCACCCCAACAGCCCAGACCGCAGCCACCGAUCAAGCCGCUUCCAGCGGGACUCAGAAGCCCAGUGGCGGCAGUCAAACCCAGGCCCCGGCUCCGACCCAGCCGGCGCAGACGCAUUACGUAACAGCGGAAAUCCAAGGCUCCCCCACGCCGUCUGGAAAUGGCCAAAGUGCUCCUCAGUACAUUGUUGUUACAGUGACAGCAGAGGGCUCCCUUCACUCGAGCGACAGCGUCUCCGACUCCAGCUCCCCUCCAGCUGCGGUGCAGACCGGAGUUCCCACGCAGGUCGUUCAGCAGGUCCAAACAGCCCAGCAGAGGUCGGUGGUCCAGGCCACCUCGCAGAUAGCCAAGACUGAGCCCGGCACACAGCUCAAUGUCGCCAGUCUGCAACCAGUGCAUAUCAGCCCUGAGGUUCAACAGCAGCUCGCGCCAGUACAGGUGCAACAUGUCUACACCAACCAGGUGCAGUAUGUGGAAGGAGGAGACGCCAACUACACCACCAGCACUAUUCGUUCCGGCACCUUCCCUUACACCGACACGGCCCUGUACGCUCCGAGCGCCGCCGGCCAGUAUUACGAAGGUCAGCCCACCCCGGGCUCUCAGGCCUCCACCCCCGGUACGCCUCUCACCGUCUCCGUGACCACCGGCACGACAGGAGCCGUGUCCAUGUUUGUGGCUCAGCCCGGCGGUGCGACAGGGGGCGGGACCACGGUGGUAACCGCCGGCGGUACCGCCAACGGGUCAGGGGAUGGGACAGGCGCUAAUGGCGGCGCCGCUGGAAGUUAUGUGAUCCAGGGCGGUUACAUGUUGGGCGGCAGCAGCGGCAGCGGCAGCAGCAGCAGCAGCAGCGGCGGCUCAGCCGGCAACAGUCAGAGCUACUCCCACACCGCCCGCGCCUCCCCGGCCACUGUGAGUAUAACGGAGGGCGAGGAGAGUAGCGUGCCGUCGGCAGACAAGAAGGUACAGUGGUUGCUGGACAACUACGAAACUGCCGAAGGAGUCAGUCUGCCACGUUCGACCCUCUACUGCCACUAUCUGCUGCAUUGCCAGGAGCAGAAGCUCGAGCCGGUUAACGCCGCCUCUUUCGGGAAACUCAUCCGAUCUGUUUUCAUGGGACUACGGACACGACGCCUCGGCACGCGGGGCAAUUCUAAAUACCACUACUAUGGUCUAAGAAUCAAGGCAGGCUCUUCUCUUCUCCGCCUCAUGGAAGAUCAGCAGCAUCUGGCUAUGAGGCAGCAGCCCUUCUCUCAAAAGCAGAGGUUGAAGCCUGUGCAUAAAGUGGAGGGAAUGACCAAUGGGACAGCUUCAGGAGUUGGACAGCAGCAACUUCAGCAGCAGGCUUCUGGACAGGUGGACAUCAGCACUCAGGUUCAGCAGUACCAGCAGUUCCUUGACGCAAGCAGAACACUUCCCGAGUUCCCAGAUAUCGACCUCCAGGGGAAGUCCCUGCCCGAGGGUAUUGAACUGGAUCACAUAAAGAGCUUUCAGCUGCUCUACAGAGAACACUGUGAGGCCAUACUGGACGUGAUGGUCAAUCUUCAAUUUACCCUAGUGGAGACCCUUUGGAAAAGCUUCUGGAGGUUCAGUCAGAGUCAAGCUGGAGAUGGCACACUGGCUGUUCACGAUGAAUCGGAAAAACGUCUGCCCAAGUCCUGCCUGGUGCUGCUGUGCAAGUAUGACCCGGUGCUGCGCUGGAGCCGGGACUGUGACAACAGCCUCUAUCAAGGCCUGGUGGAGAUCCUCAUCCCUGAUGUCCUCAGGCCAAUUCCCAGUGCCUUAACUCAAGCCAUCCGGAACUUUGCCAAAAGCCUGGAAAGCUGGCUGACCAACGCCAUGAUGAACAUUCCCGAGGAGAUGGUCCGCAUCAAGGUAACGUCAGCCAAUGCGUUUGCCCAGACCCUGCGUCGCUACACCAGUCUGAAUCACCUGGCCCAGGCGGCUCGCGCCGUCCUCCAAAACACGGCUCAGAUCAACCAAAUGCUCUCCGACCUCAACCGUGUCGACUUUGCCAACGUUCAGGAGCAGGCUUCGUGGGUGUGCCGCUGCGAAGACCGCGUCGUGCAACGACUGGAGCAGGACUUUAAGUUGACCCUCCAGCAGCAGAAUUCCUUGGAGCAGUGGGCUGCCUGGCUGGAUGGCGUGGUUUCCCAGGUGUUAAAACCUCACCAACACAGCGCUGCCUUCCCUAAGGCGGCCAAGCUGUUCCUGCUCAAGUGGUCCUUUUACAGUUCCAUGGUGAUUCGGGACCUCACCCUGCGGAGCGCUGCCAGUUUUGGCUCCUUUCACCUGAUUCGCCUUUUGUAUGACGAGUACAUGUACUACCUGAUAGAGCAUCGAGUAGCCCAGGCUAAAGGCGAGACCCCGAUCGCCGUCAUGGGAGAGUUUGCCAGUUUAGGACGAGGUCUAAACAUGCUGGAUGGCGAGAAAGAAGAAGAAGAGGAAGAGGAGGAGGAAAGCGAUGAGGAAAGUCAGGAGCUGUCCUUGCCCUCCGACGCCGUGGUGUUGGGUGACGAAUCUCUGGAGCCCCCCGCCAAGCUGGCCAGAACGGACCAGAGGGUUCUCUUCACCACAGGACCGCCUGAAAACUAAUCAACGUCAAAGAAGAACAAAAAGAAGACACGUGUAGAUACAGCAGCUAUUGUAAAUGUUGUGAACAGUUUUGCUACCGUCUGUCCUGCUUACUUUGUCUCUCGCUGGUUAAUGCACGCACGCGCGCACACACACACACACACACACACACACACA